AGUGCGACUCUGACUCUUGUGCUUUCCGGCUCGAUUUUUCGGCAGUUUCUAUACGAUCCGACGAACUUUUCCGAAGUUGUUUGAACUUAAUAGAAAAGUGGAUAUUUGGAUGAAAUUUAUUGUUUUUUGUGAAGUUUUGUGGUUUACUAGACUUAGUGAAUUGAUAAUAUCAAGUUCACGAAAAUUAUGUAGACGCGGCAUUCGUAACAUACAGAUGGCAUUCCCUUCAGAAACUACACGUAAAUGACCUAUAAUUCUACAAGAUGUUACGCGAACCAGACAACGAAGCUUAUUCUAGCUACCAGAACACAUUUUUGCGUAGAUCUUCUCCACCCGGGAGUCCCGCAAUCAAAAAAUGCUGCUACGAUCAUGGAGAAACAAAAUACGCACCACCAUCUGAAUCAUCUUUUUUUUGUUGCUGCUAUAGUUGUACAGGUAGUAGAAGUACCUCGUUUCUUGCAACAUUAGGUGUGUGUUGUUUGGUGUUGGGGUAUACAAUAUUAGGAGCUUUUGUAUUUAUGGCGUUAGAGGGAGGACUAUACCAGGAUACAAACAGAGCAACAAACACAAAAGGAAGUCCCAUGGGAGGGCCUGACGUUGUUACCGAACUGAGAUCAGAUACAGUAGACAGGCUAUGGAGCAUUACAGAGAAUUUAAAUAUUCUUUAUCGAGAAAAUUGGACGAGAUUGGCAGCCGAAGAAGUUUUAGUGUUUCAAGAAGCUUUAUUUAAAGUGUUACAUGAUAGUGAAAACGGUUACGUUAAUUCUCGUGUAGGAACUUUGACUUAUUUCCAAAAAUAUCAUAAAUGGAGUUUCAGUUCCAGUUUUUUAUAUUCGCUGACGCUCAUUACGACUAUAGGUUAUGGUUCAGUUUCUCCUCGAACAGCGUGGGGUAAACUAGUAACAAUUAUUUACGCCCUCAUAGGUAUCCCAUUAAUGCUUCUCUACCUCUCUGUUACGGGUGAUAUAUUAGCCAGAAGUUUUAGAAGACUCUAUGGAAAAAUGUGCGGAGUAUCACCAAAAAAAGUGCAAUGUCCGUGUUCGAAUACGAUUCGAGUUCCAGUAACCUUGAGUUUGGUAAUAGUCUUGGCAUAUAUUUGUACUGGGGCAGUUUUAUUCCAUAGGCUUGAAAACUGGUCGCUUCUGGAAGGUAGCUACUUCUGCUUCACAAGUCUAGGAACAAUAGGUUUUGGAGAUCUUUUACCUGGACAAAGAGCAGAAGAAGUAUCAUUAUGUGCUUGUUCGGCUUACAUUUUGACCGGCAUGGCUCUUGUAGCAAUGUGUUUUAGUUUAGUACAGGACGAAGUGAUGACUUUGUUAAGAUAUAUUGGAGCGGCUUGCACCAGAAAUGAAUUGAGGCUUAAAGAUGAAGAAACUUCCUGACAAAGACCCACUACAGAAGGUGCUGCACCAGUUAAAACUAUUCCGGUGAGAAAAGCGCCUACUGCAUCACAACAUAAUAGUUUGCCCAGGAAAAAUACUUUUCAGAGGAAUACACCUGGGCGAAGGUCCACUGGCAUGGGUGCAGAGCCACUUGUUGAGUACUUCGUACCAAGAAGCGUUAGUGAAUUUGACCUUUCAUUGGCGUCAGGUGACACUCCAAUAAACAAUACUUUCCUUCCACUUACUGUACGAGUUCCACGGAAAAUGUUUCCAAGACAAAAAGAAAAAGUUGUGACCUUCGAAGACGAGAUGGCAGCCCGUUUGAAGAAGAAUCCCGAUUUCCAAGAUGUGUUCAUGUGACACAAGGGAUAGCAAUUAGAAAUCGAAGUAGGGGGAUCAAAAUCUAGUGAUUCGGGUGGAGAAUACAUCACCAAAUUGAGUGACUUAGCAGCAAAAACAAGUGAUCUUAACGAAUUAAGUGAACUAAGUGCUGCUAUAAAUGACUUCAAUAAUGCUAAAAAAGAAAUAAAGCAGUUUAAGAAUUUUAAAAUUUGUGAAGACCUUCAAAAAUGUGAAGAAGGGUGUUCUUGUAAUGCUGAAGCUGAUUGUGACAUUUGUAAAGUUUUGGAUUUUACUAUGAAAAAAGACAAAUUAUAGUCUUGGAUAAAGUGAUUUUCCUUCAAUUUCUGUAUAGUGUUGAGUAAUUAGGUUGGAUCAGUUGAAAAUCGAAAUCAAUUACUAUCAUUUCCAACAAUUUCAAUAUAUGAAUUCUAGUAUGAAGAAUUCUAUUAAAUUUUUGUUUAUGGUGUAUUGAGAAGGCUAUACGUUUUCCUUCAUGUUCCUAUUUAAAUGAAUUUUCGUAGAAAAAUCGAAUAAAUUGUUAUUUUAUAAUAACAAAUCAAUAGUUACCUUUUAUCAUACUUUUUCCAAAUUUUGCUGCAGAUGGAUGUCCUUCAAAUCACUAAUUGAAUUGUGCAAGAUCAUAAUAUAUAAUAUAACGUAAGACAUAACUGUGUUGCGGUAAGUAACCCCUUUGUUUUUUAUGUAUGACACAAAGUGAUAGCAAAAUGAGUGGUAUAAAAGAAAAUUAAACAGUAAUUCCUGAGUCAUUUCUCCUUUAAUAAGCUUUUCGUCCUCGUUCAUAUGUCUGAGGCACCUGAACCUCGCAUUCUAUAAAUAGUAGUCGACAACACUCUCAGCGUUGUUAUAUGGGCGAAAUAAUGGAUUUUCUAAUCAUAUUCGAAAUUAAUCUAAUAAUUUCUUGUUGUAUUUACUUUUGAAGGGGAAUCUAAACUAUUUUAUACAUUCACAUCAAUGUCAAAACGCUUCGUGUUAUAUACAAAUAAGAAUAUAACUCAUACGAUUUAAAUUUGAUCAUCAGCUGAUCUAAGAUUACUGUAAGAACUGCUCAAUACUGUUUAUAUUUCAAUAUGUAUUAUAUUUUACCUAGACAACUUUUGAUACAUUUCAACUUAUACGAUGUAUUAUAUUGUAUUAAAACAAUAUAACAAUAUAAUCUUGUCACGAGGAUCUUUCGAUACUAGAGAGUUGUUGACUAUUCCUGUCAGUGUUUUGAGGAACAAAAAAUUCCACUCACAGUACUACAGUAUAUAUUUGAAAAACGGAAUCGCCAACAGAGACUCAAAGUAUACGAAAUUUUGUUCAAAUUAUUAUGCAAUUAUGCAAUUAUUUGACGCAAAAAAUCUGUCGAUAUUUCACCCUUAUGUGAAAAAUCCAAAAAAUUGGUUAUUAGAGAUUAUGAAACGAUUGCUACAAUUGAACAAACGUAUCAAGUAUAUGAUAAAAAAUUGACAAGGUCAAAGAGAAAAACAAGGGCUAUAAUGUUUUGAAAUAAAAAACUGUUGCUGUUUGUUGAUUUCAUAGAACAAGAAUCAAAAAUAAUUAAGUCUGCUAUUACACUCUACGUCGCCUUUAAAAAUGGACACAGAAGAACCAAAGAGGUAUGUUUUUAUCUGGUGUGAUCUGCAGAACCUCAAAUGAAAAGUCUUUUAUCCACCUCACCUUUUUCCAGGAAUGAAAGGAUGGUACAUAAGAGUUCAUAGAUGUUGGAAGUACCCACAUGACCUCACUGUAGGCAGAUUUUGUUGCAAAUGAUAUAGACCUUGUUUCUGGUUAUCAAUCUUCUUAGUAACACCAAAAUAAGUUUAAUUGUUCAAAUCUUUUGAUACUUAAAUCAUCUUGUCACCUUUUUUACUAACAGCUCUUUUCGAUGCAUCACAAUUUUGAAAAUAUCUCAUAGCUACAAAUGAAAUUAAAGGAUUCAAGAGGAUUUAUUAGGACAUCUUGUUAUAAGUAUCAUUUUCAUACACAGAGUAGUUUAAAAACCAUUUUAUCAUUUGUAUUCAGAUAUUUGAAUGAAAUUGAUUUGUUUGUAACCAUUAUGAGUUAUUUGCAUCUUAGAAUGAUUAACUUUAUAAAUAGUAAUAUAACUAAAUAUGACUAAUAUGACACUUUCUAAAAAGUAAUGGGAAACUCCUUAUGCAAAACAUUCAAAUAGUAAAAACAUUCGCACAUGAAAAAGUAGGAGUAACUACUUUGUUUUGGGUUACUAAGAUUUUGAUAACUUCCUUAUGUUUGUUGGUUUAAAGUCAAUUUUAUGCAAUGUGAUGAUGAUAUGAAGAGAUUAGUCCUUUGUUAGACAUAUACACGCCGCCGUCUGAUGACACUUUAUUAAUGUACAUAUUGAAAGUUUGAAAAGACAAGAAUAAUAAUUAUAUCAUCCAUGACUCCUUACCAAAAACAUUGAUUGUACUUCCCAAUUUUUAUUAAUGUUUUUUAUGUAUAUAAACUGUAAAUAGGAUA